ACGGCCCAAUGAACGAAGGCGGCCGGAUGCUUUUGCUCGAAUCGCCCAAUCACAGGAGUUUGUUGCAGGAAUUUAAAGGUCUUUGCGGCAUUUUCGACUAGACAUAACCUCUGCUCGUGGAUUAGGAAUAAAACCUCAAGUUUCUCCGCUGCUGCUAAAACUUCCUGACACUUGGAAAAAUGUCCGAGAACGUCGCACGGCUGACUCAGUUCAAGAACAAAGGCAAAGAUGCUGGUGAGCUUCGACGCAGGAGGGUGGAGGUGAACGUGGAGCUCAGAAAGGCGAAGAAAGAUGACCAGAUGUUCAAAAGGAGGAAUGUGUCCGCCCUUCCUGAAGAGGCCACUUCUCCCCUUCAAGAAAGGACCCAAAACUCCCAGGCUAUGAGGCAGUGGUCCGUCGCGGAGAUCGUGGCAGGAGUGAACAGCGACAACGCCGAGUCCCAGCUCCAGGCCACCCAAGCUGCACGGAAGCUGCUCUCCCGUGACAAGCACCCCCCCAUCGACCAGAUGAUCAGCGCCGGCCUCAUCCCCAAGUUCGUGGCUUUCCUGGGCCUCGCCGACUGCCCCCCCGUCCAGUUCGAGGCGUCCUGGGCUCUGACCAACAUCGCCUCUGGGACGUCCGACCAGACGGCCGCCGUCGUGGAGGGCGGGGCCAUUCCGGCCUUCAUUAACCUGGUGCUGUCCCCUCACCAGCACAUCAGCGAGCAGGCCAUCUGGGCCUUGGGAAACAUUGCUGGUGAUGGAUCCGCUCUGAGAGACAGGGUCAUCAAGCAUGGAGCCGUGGCCCCUCUGCUCAGUCUGCUGGCCGUCCCUGACCUCAAUGCGUUUAGCGCCGGCUACCUCCGCAACGUGACAUGGACGCUGUCAAACCUCUGCCGCAACAAGAACCCCUCCCCUCCCAUGGCCGCCAUCCAGCAGAUCCUCCCCGCCCUCGUCCGCCUGCUCCACCACGACGACCCGGAGGUCCUCGCCGACGCCUGUUGGGCCGUUUCCUACCUCACGGACGGCACCAACGACCGGAUCGAGGUGGUGGUGCAGACCGGUUUGAUCCCCCGCCUGGUGAAGCUGCUCGGCUUUGAGGAGCUGGCUGUUGUCACUCCUUCUCUGAGGGCGCUCGGCAACAUCGUGACCGGCACGGACGAGCAGACUCAGGCGGUGCUGGACGCCGGAGCCCUGAGCAUGUUCCCCCGUCUGCUGCGCCACAAAAAGGCCAACAUCCAGAAGGAGGCGGCCUGGACUCUGUCCAACAUCACAGCCGGGAAGGACACUCAGAUCCAGGAGGUCAUCAACUCAGGCAUCGUUCCAUACCUGGUUGAAAUUCUUGUGCACGGUGAUUACAAAACUCAGAAAGAGGCCGUGUGGGCAGUUACAAACUUCACCAGCGGGGGCACUGUUCAGCAGGUGGUUUACCUGGUGCAGGCCAACGUGAUCGAGCCUCUUCUGAACCUGCUCUCCUCCAAAGACAGCAAAACCGUCCUCGUCAUCUUGGACGCGAUCACCAACAUCUUCUUGGCCGGGGAUAAAAUCGGUGAGUCCGACAAGCUGAGCCUGAUGAUCGAAGAAUGCGGCGGCCUGGACAAGAUCGAAGCGCUGCAGUCCCACGAGAACGAGAUGAUCUACAAAGCUUCCCUCAACCUGAUAGAGAAAUACUUCUCUGAGGAGGAGGAGGUGGUGGAGUGCGUCGCUCCGGACUCGACCGAAGACGGUUACGCGUUCCAGAUCAGUGAAAACCAGAGCACUUUCAACUUCUAGAUGACUGAAAAACCUCUUCUCUGAACUGUACUGUACCUCCACUGCCUCUGUUUGUCUUUUGUUCAUGUAAUUAUGAGUUUGUUUUUUUUGUAUGUUUUGUACAUACUGUUUUAUCAUAACUGAUCAAACAAGACUGUAAAUAAAGUUGUCAGAUCAUG